ACAACAUUCAGACCAGAGACCAGGACUAGGAUCUAAACAAUGAUUCAGGACUGGAGUCGGAUCUAAACCAUGACUCAGGACUGGAGCACGUCUCCCCUUCUGAAAACAGGAAAGUCUAACGCUAAUACAAAUAGUGCUGAGUGACACAUGAGAGUCAACAUCCAAACCACAGACCAGGAUCUCAACCAGAGACCAGGACUAGACCAGAGACCAGGACCUCAACCAUGUCUUAGAACUGGACCGCAUCUCCUCUUCUGAAAACAGGAAAGUGUAAAGUUAAAACAACUAAUGCUGAGUGAUACCUGAGCGUUAACAUCCAGACCAGAGACCAGAACUGGACCAAGAUCUAAACCAGAUCAGAGACUGGACCAGAAACCAGGUCUGAACCAGAGGCUAGGACCUCUACUGGACCAGGAUGUAAACCAGGACCAAAGACCGGGCACGCCUCCUCCUCUGUGAACAGGAAAGUCUGAAGUUAAUGAGAAAACAACCAGAGCUGAGUGACAGCUGCAAGAGCCAACAUCCAGACCAGAGAGCAGGACUGGACCAGGAUCCAGACCAGGAUCUAAGACAGGAUUACAACUAGGACUCAGGACUAGACCCAGAUCUCAACUGGAAACAGAGACCAAGGACUAAAAUUUAACUAAUAAAUUCAUUUAAAAUGCCCGAUCGGUGAUGGAGGUUGGAGAGAAAGCUGAAACUCAGUUCACUCCAGAGGCUCUGGGCUUCCUCUCCGCUGUCGGCAUCUUCAUCAUCGCGCUGGCCCUCCUCUUCCUCUUCAUCAACAAGAAGCUCUGUUUCUCUGAGGUGGGGGGACUGCCCUGCCUCGAGCCCCGGGGCCAGAGACGCAAGAGGAAUCGAACUGGCAACCGCUCCACACUGGUGAAGACUUUUGGGAACGAGGAGGACGAUUAUGGCUCCAGUUCGUCAGACAGCGAGGCGGAAAUCCUGAAGCAGUUUGAGAUCUCUGUGUCCCGAUCCCAGAGCUUUAAAAACUCUGCAGCGGCUAACGUGGGGGCUAGCGUAGUGGCUAGCGUGGGAGCUAAUGUUGCUAACUCUGAAUUAACGCAGUCACAGUCGCAAAAGUCCCUGAACAAAAGACACAGAUUCUCCAGACUGUCUGACCACGAAGAGGCAAGCACUGAGCCCUCUGACAUGGAAGACUCGGCUCCUCAGACCCAAGACCCCCUCUCUGCAGCCGCAGAAGAGACCCAGACCAGGACUAGUACCAGGUCUCAGUCCAAGAGGAGCAAAGGGUCCGCACAGGAAGACCAAAUCAGUCUAAACCGGUCCAACCCAGACCAAACCACCCUGAGUCAGUCCAGAUCUAACCUGAACCGGUCUAACCAGAGUUCAAGUCCGAGUGCUGUGAGACAGGAAGCAGACGGGAGCGAGGACUUAGAGCUGCAAACCCCUGGAGACAGACAGGAGCAGCCCCCAGUCCUGGAUCUCCCUCUGGACCUCUCCUCGUCUCCUCGUUUACCUGUGUCUAAGUGUGCAGACUUGAUCUUAAACCUGGACUAUUCCUCAGACCUGGAGCGAGUCUCGGUGUUGGUUCUUGGAGUCCGAGAUCUGCCUGAUAAAACCAGAACCGGAAUGGAUUCCUGGCAGAUCCACAUGGUCCUACUGCCCGCCAAGAAGCAGAGACACAAGAGCUCCGUGCAGAAAGGGGACAGUCCAGAUUUUAAUGAGACGUUCAGGUUUAAUCGUAUUGAGCCCAGUGACCUCCACGUCUCGGCGCUGCGCUUCCGGCUCUAUGCUCUAGGGGGCAGAAUGUCCAGAGAGAGAAUGAUGGGAGAAAAGAUCCUCAGGCUUUCAGAGCUGGACCCAGAAGGAGGGACUCUAUCAACCACUCUGCUACUGCAGCCCAGGAGUAAUAUAAAGAGUAUGGGCUCGCAGAUGUCCCUCUCCCCAGACAGUGCCUCCUCUACCCAGUCUCUGACACAUGGAGGCGCUCCGGAGCUGUUACUGGGCCUGUCCUACAACGCCACGACGGGACGCAUGUCGGUGGAGGUGGUGAAAGGGAGCCAUUUUAGGAACCUCAGUCUCAAUCGACCCCCAGACACUUACGCGCGUCUGUCUCUGCUGAACUCUGUGGGGCAGGAGAUCUCUCGCUGUAAAACCUCUGUGCGCCGUGGACAGCCCAACCCUGUGUACAAAGAGACAUUUAUGUUCCAGGUGGCGCUCUUCCAGCUGUCGGAUGUGACUUUGCUGGUGUCUGUGUUUAAUCGGCGGAGCAUGAAGAAGCAGAUGGUGGGCUGGGUCGCUCUGGGUCAGAACAGCAGCGGAGAAGAAGAGCAGAGCCACUGGACUGACAUGAGAGAGGCUAAAGGACAGCAGGUGUGCAGGUGGCACGCUCUGCUCGAGGGUUAAACCUGAUGCCCUCCCAGACCACCUCCUCGGAGCAUGAAGAGGAGGACAAUGGUGGGCUGGGUCAGAACCAUAAUCUGUAUAUAUGGAUGGACAUAGGUCACCCGCUAGCCGCCAUGUUGUAAACAGGAAGUAAGCAUGGGGGCUCUUGGCUCUUCUUCUGGCUCCAUCGCCCCAGUUCACUUUGUAUUGAAAAAACGUGUCCCCCCGCUCUGUCUUUGCUGCUGUCAGGCUCCAUUUUGGUCUUAAAAUAUUCAUUUUAACCCGCUCUACGUGAUCCUGGGGGUUUUAUUCCACAAUUUUGUCCGGAAUCCAAGAUAUGAACAUUGAUAACAGAACAAUCGGGCACUUUCUUUCCUCGAGGUCACUCCUGCUAGCAUUUGCAGCAAGUUUUGAUUGACAGCCUUGCUAAACUAACCUUCAACCGUCCCGCUUCUGAAUGGCUCUUUGGUUGCCAUGAUAAACUCACUCAGAAUUCAAAAUAUGGAACUCGGCUCCAAAUUCACUUUAGCUGCCAGCCUCGAUGAGCUUCAUUUAACUGGAGCCGAACGCUGUGAGUGACGUCACACUCACUUAGUCCAAUUCUUUAAACCUUUAUAUCUCUAUGAUCAGAACAGCAGCAGAGAGGCGGAGCCACUGGAAAGACAUGAGAGAAACUAGUGCACAACAAGUCUGCAGGUUGCACGUCACAUGAGGAUUAAACCUGAUGCCCUCCCAGCCCACCACAACAUGGAACUGAUAAGAGAGGCUGAUCAUCUCUGCUUGCGGCUGUAUUCUUAGUAUUGCACUCUUUAGUGAUUUAUGUUUUAAAAUCAGGAUUCAGAUCAUUCAUUCAUCAGGAUUCACAUUUGUUUCAUAUUUUGAUCUUUUUAUGCUUUAUGCUCUAAUGGAAGGAUCACAAAGUUGGACUGAAAUGUGAGAGCAGCUUUGACUCUUUCACGAUAGACACAAACUCAGGAGCUUGGGUUUCCAUUAUUCUUAAAUGCCACAUUGAAAGAUGCUUCCAAUUAUAUGAAAUCUGACAAUUUAAAGUUUUCAGUUUGUAGAAAUGUAAAGUACAGGGCACACAGCACAACGAAGGCUGCAAAAUAAUGUCUUAAUUCUUUAAUUGAUUUAUUUAUUUUCUUACAAAGGUAGAAAUGAACCAAAAAAGCCACAAUUUACUAAUAUGUGUGUGUGUGUGGAGCAGAGGGAGCUGCAGCAGAGUAAACAAAGGGAGUAUCAACUUUUUUUUUUACAUUAUAAUGAGUGUAAAUCCGAAGUAGUUUUGCAUUGGCAGUUUCAGAAUCAUAGAGUGUACAGUUUACAUGAACAGAGGCCAAAGGCACAAAAAAUCAGCCAGUUCUUCACAAUCUGCCCUGAAUGUGACAGAAAAUUUAACAUGAACACGGCUGGAGUUUUGUUACUGAAGUUUAACAUGAUUGGCUGAUAAAGUCACAUGACCACCUCUCACAAUGUUUAGUUUUUCCAAUUAUAUUCAAGGUAAUCUUUCUGGUGGAGAGUCGGCUUGUCUCCAUGGAGAUAUUAUUGCCUUGCCUGGAAUUUUCCACAGUGCCUUCUAAAAACAUGGAUUCUGACUGGGCUCGCCUCUCCACAGAUUUGACCUGUAACGCAGUAAUGCCAUACUGUGGAACAUUUCAGGAAAGCAAUUACAGCUCCGUGGAGACAAGCAGGUGGCAGACACUCCCUCACAAAUAGUAGUUUAACUUUAAACGACUUGUGGUUUCUUAAUCUUACAUGUCAAAAAACAGAUUAGAUUAUAUUUAGGAUUGGAGUAGUUUCCCCAUGUGGACAGUGGUGUUGUACCUGCACAUGUCUUCAUGCAUGAGGCCUGUAUAUAAGUACAUUUUAUAUUUUUAGGAGACGAUUUAUGGAUGUUUAAAUAUAUUUGAUAUUUUAAAUGGUGCAUGAAGUUAAAGUCAAAGUGCCUGUCAAACUAUUGGAACGAACAUAUCAAAACUCACCACCAAACGACUCGGACUGUGGCAGAGUAGCCUCUCCUCCUCUCAGUGACGAGGUUGUGGGUUAGACUCUUGAUCUCUGAGUGGAGUCCCCAGUUUAGUCCUGAUUUAGUCUUGGUUUAGUCUCGGUUUAGCCCUGGUGUAGUUCAGGUUUAAUUCCCUGGUUUAAAAUUUGUGUAAUCCCUGGUUUAGUCCCCAUUUAGUCAUGGUCUAGUCCUGGUUUAGACCCUGGUUUAGUCUUGUUUUAGUCCUGGUUUAGCCCUAGUUUAGUCCUGGUUUAGUUCGAGUUUAGUCCCUGGUUUAAAACUUGUGUAAUUCCUGGUUUAGUCCCCAUUUAGUCAUGGUCUAAUCCCUGGUUUAGUCCUGGUUUAGUCCCUGGUUUAGUCCUGGUUUAGUCCCUGGUUUAGUUCUGGUUUAGUCCCUGGUUUAGUCCUGGUUUAGUCUUGUUUUAGUCCUGGUUUAGCCCUAGUUUAGUCCUGGUUUAGUCCCCAUUUAGUCAUGGUCUGUUCCUGGUUUAGUCCCUGGUUUAGUCCUGGUUUAGUCCUGGUUUAGUCCCUGGUUUAGUCCCUGGUUUAGUCCUGGUUUAGUCCCUGGUUUAGUCCUGAUUUAGUCCCUGGUUUAGUCUUGGUUUAGUCUUGGUUUAGUCCCUGAUUUAGUCCCGGUUUAGUCUUGUUUUAGUCCCUGGUUUAAUCCUGGUCUAGUCCUGAUUUAGUCCCUGAUUUAGUCCCUGGUUUAGUCCCUGGUUUAAUCCAGGUUUAGUCCCUGGUUUAGUCCUGGUUUAGUCCUGGUUUAGUCCCUGAUUUAGUCCCUGGUUUAGACCCCGGUUUAGUCCUGAUUUAGUCCUGAUUUACUCCUGGUUGAGUUUUAGGUUUGAGUCGUUUGGUGGAUUCUGAAGUUUUUUGCAUGAAACUUUCUCAGUGUUUCUGAAUGCUGCUGUUCACUGCAUGAACCAAUGGACCUGCAUGGACUCAACUGGCAAGACUUAGACCGGAUUUAGACCCGGUUUAGAUAUGGGUUUAUUCCGUGUUUUAGACCCAGGGUGUGGUAUAGGAUGUUGGCCCCGUGGUGAGGUGACACUGGGGUCAACAUACCAUAUAGUAUGUUGACCCCGGGGUCAGAAUCCUAUUAUGAUAUAUUGAACCCCCCAUGAAAAUCUUUAUUUUAUUAAUAAAGAACUUGAAUUCUAUAGAAAAACUUUGAAUAUUAAUACUAUAUCUGCAAA